AUGGUUAAAAUGCUGAUGGCAGUAGUUGUACUCUUUGCUGUCUUUCGGUUUCCAUACCGCACCUUGGUGGUGCGCAACAGCUUUGCCACACCAAAAAGCAUCGACUACUGGCUAAUACCCUCCAUCAAGGCGAUGGCAUACCUCAAUUCCACUGCCAACCCGAUACUCUACAACGUAGUGUCCAAGAUGUUUAGUCGUGCUUUCCGAAUGUUGCUCAUACAGAGUAGGGUUAUAUUUAACUUAAAUUGUUCAAAUUUGCCCAAACAAAUAAGGCGAAUGGAUGAACUCAUUGGGCGGUGA